AUGGACGCUUCCAGCUUCGACUGGGACGCUUUCUCCGGAGUCAAACCUUCGCCAGUACCAGCCAACAAUAUCUCCAAUGUGUUCUCACGACUAAACUUAGGCAUCACCAACAACAACAACAACACCACCACCACCACCACCACCAUCAGCGACAAUCAAACAACCCAGCAGGAUUACCAGGACUCAAAUAGCCUUGCUUCUGACCCACUGAUCAACUCUUCAGGCUCAGCCACCAACCAUCUGGGAAACAUCCCCUUAUCUUUGACAGUCAAGCAACUAUCAGUAGAAGAAAGCAAGACUUAUCUCAGAUGGUACAACGAUUUAACCAUUAGAAAACACGCCAAGCUCAUCCGUAUCGUCGACGUGCUAGAAUUUCUUAAAAACUUCAACCUCAGCGAAUCGCUAAAAAACUAUCUAAAAGGGCUAUUCAACAUCAAUGAAAACUUGAAUAUCGGCCAAUUCUUUGCGUUAUUAAGACUUAUCAGCCAUUAUCUAUUGAAAACUGCCCACGAUUUGAAGAAGGAUUUUUUACCUCCAACCAGCAUGAUCACUCAAAGUUGUCAAGUUCCUAAACCAAAAUCAAUUUUGGCGAAAAAACGGGUGGGCGAUGAUGAAAACAACCAAGGGUCAUCAUCAUCAUCAUCAUCAUCAUCUAUUAACGCCAAUGUCGCCAAUCUAUUUUCUGCCACCGGCCAAAACAGUAAAAUUGAUCUUGAUAGUUUUGCCAAGUUUAUAAUGACGGGAGAAAAACCAACCAAAACUAGUCAAUCACCAAUUAAAAAGAACAAAAAAAAGGCCAAAAGAGUGAUGUUUAGCGAUCAAUUAGUCACGGUCGCCGCGGCUUCUAUUGAAGAAUCUUCUCCUCAGAAUUAUGACAAUAAUUCUACGCUACAAAAUGUCAAUGGGCUACCAUCAUCGACCGCGAAUAACCACAACAACAAUAAUAAUAAUACUCUCGAUUUGUCACUACCUAUGGACCAACUUUUACAAAAAUUGAAGAAUAAUCCUACCCAAAAACAUCAGAUUGCAGUACGAAAGAUUUCCGAACAAGAAGCUAAAGAAGAAGAGGAGGUGUUGGGAGAAAACUUCAAACAUUUCCAAAACGUUAACAUUGAAAGUGCUUUAGUUCAUGGUAAAGCAGCCGCAAUUCCUCAAGAACUAGUGGCCACCAAUACCGGAGGGAUGAUAAUGGACACUAAUAAUAAUAACAAUAACAUCACCAUGAACCAACAGUUUAACCAGUUUCAAGAUCAAACCUCGGUAGCAGCUGCUACCCAACAACCACAAAUGUUGCAACCCACCCUAACCGGCUCGGCCAAUUAUUUUUUGAAGAAAAACCAGCCUGAUAUAUUCAACAACAACAAUAACAACAACAACAAUAAUAAUAAUAUCAGCGAGAUGCCAAACUAUUUCAACAACUCGAUGAUUCAGAAUCCUGGCAUUGUCAGUCCUAACUCAAGUUUGAGUCCUAAUAAUACAAACACCGGGAAUUCUUCCAUAGCAAACAGAUUUUCACCUUAUGGACAAGCGAAUGGCAUGAGCACCGCUGGCUCAGGAUAUAUGCAACCUAAGGGCACCGGGAGCAAUUUCUUACAACCUAAUAUGCUUUCAUCAUUAUCAAGUGCUACCAACAAUAGUAUCGGGGGAGCUUACGUAGGCGGUAAUUCUCCUUCAGUGAGUCCCCAACCUACUGCAUCUAGAAGUGAUCAAUUUAUAAACUCUUUGACCGGUAGCAAUAGUUCAUUUUCUCCAGUACCUCCUCCACCGCCACCGCCUCCAAGAAGCAGAAGCAAUUCGCAAAAUGUGAUGUUCAAUGAAAAUAAUGCGGUUUUUGCAGGUUCUGGUUUCAAAAAUAAUGGAAAUCCCGACUACCAAACUUUGCAAAAUUUCCCUCCCCCUCCCGUAACUUCUAGAAAUACCGGUAGUUUCAAUGUUAAUGGCGGUGCUAGUAAUAUAGCCCCUCCAUUGCCUCCGAAAAUCAACCUAUCCGGAGGGUCUUCAGAGAUGUUGUCGCCGCAAAAUACUACCCAGUUCAACGCAUCACAAAACCAGUUCCAGAACUCGAUGUUUACCCCAACCCAAUUCCCGUCAUCUCAGUUUACUGGGGCAACUAAUACCCAACCACAACCGCAAUUCACUCCCCAGCCCCAAUUUGGCCAACCACAACCUCAGCAGUCAUUCAAUGCAUCACAACCUUCGUAUAUAAACCCCCAGUAUGCUUAUGCUUCUGGACAACAACAACAGCAACCACCACAGUAUGGUAAUGGGAUGAUGAUGAACCAGUUUGGUGGAGGAUCAAUGAUGGCCCAAGCUCAACCACAAGAAAAUUUAGAGUGGUUUGAAAGAGAUUAA